CCUCUAUCGCUAGUUCUAGCUUUAGCCUACUUUAGGAUCUCUAGUCUAAAUCUGAGUAAAUCUACUCCUAUCUAGUUAACUUAGCUGACGUAUUUUAGAAAGAAUGAGUAGCAAAAUCAAAGUUUAUAUCAGCAAUCUUGCUUCAAAUAUGGAGACUAAAAAGCAACAAAUGAGAAUACAGGACGUGCUGUCAGGUGCUAAAAUUGAUUUUGAAGUCAUUGAUGUGUCCGCUUCCAAAGAUGAUUUGGCUAAAAUGAGAGAAAUUGUUGGAAAUAGCAAAGCUUUGGCACCACAAAUAGCCAAUGGUGACACUUAUUGUGGGGACUAUGAUGCUUUUGAUAAUGCUGUGGAGUGCAAGACAUUACAUGAUUUUUUGAAGAUUUAAUUAAAGUUUGUUUUUUUAUUUACAUUUAUUGGUGCUGAUAUAGCUGGCUUGUUUUAAUAUGAUUUUACCUUUUUAAUAAAAGAAGCUUUAUAUAAGAAAAAAAACCUUAAAUAACUGUUUUUUUCCAUAAGCCUAAUUUUUUUUAGUUGACUAUCUUAAGCUCACCUUACAUAUGGCUUUGGCACAUAUAAUAAACAUUUUUACAAAUAUGUUGCAUAGUUUUUGUCAGAAUGCAUAGUUUAAUUUUUGUUUGCAACUUAAAGCUCAAGAAUAUCAAUUGGAGUCAAAGCUUCCUACCAUUGAAGCAUGUUGAAAAUUUCUCACUAUGUAAUAAAUAUAAACACUUAUAUUAAGGUUUUUCUUUUUUUAAAAAAAUGAAAAUAAUUUCAAUGUAUGUGUGUUUGUCUGCUUAAUUUGAAAAGGUGUGGGUACAUUCAUAAGCUAUUAUUAGCCAAUCAAUAUAGUCCCAACAUAUUUGCUCAAAAAAAAAAAGCUGUCUAUCUUUUUCUAGAAAUUUAGACCAUGAUACACAUUCAUUUUUGAAAAUGUAUUUACAUUUAUAACAAUGUUAUUUCUAGUAAAUAGAACUCCUGUCUAAAAUCAAAUUUCCUUUUAAACAUCUUUCUUUUCAAUUUUUAUUUAGAACAGUAAUUGUGACAUCAAAUAAUGAGGAAUGUUUUAGAUUUGUUUAGCCUGUUUCCUGUUUUCUUCAAGCAUUUAAAGGUAAAAUGAAAUUUUGCAUUUAAUUGUUAUGGCCCAAAACAUUUAUUGCGAUACAGCUAAAAAAAAACAACUAACAAAUAAUAAUAAUAAUGGCAAUGUCUUUGAUUCUGAAGAUUAAGGCUGAUUGCUGUUUCACAUAACUAAGCACAAUGACAUUGUGGAGUUAAGCAGUAUUGAAAAGCUUCACUUCAAUCACACAUUUUGUUUUUGGUUUGUCUAAUUACAUAAUUGUAUUAUAUUUUAAUUAUUAUAAAAUAUUUUGUUCACUCUUAAAAUUUAGAGAGCUUAUUAUAAAAUAAAUUAGGCUGGAAUUUAUUUGUUUCAUGUUUCAAGGAAAAAUUAUAAAGGAUCAAUUAUAAAUUUAUGUUUUAUUUUGUUUUGUCACCUAAGCCAAAAGGGAAAUAUAGAAAUUUGUGUUGAUACUGACUUGUUUUGCUUGAGAAUUCACUUUUCUUAAGCGUAACAUAAGAAUCAUACAUUAUUAACUAGUUUGAUCACAAUAUUGAGAAUGCAUUAUUGGUAAAAGAAAAAUGAAACAUAAAAACCACUAUUAAAGACAACACUUUUUUUUUCUAUGUAUUGGCUAGCCCACCGUUUUUUUUUUGUGUGUGUGAAAAUGUUUUAUUUAUAUGUACUAAUUUUUAAAGUUAAUUUACAAGAUACUUUAUUGUAAUUUAUUUUUUGUUUACUAUCUGACCUAAUAUAACUAUAGAGUUGGGAAAAUGCCACAUUUUUAUAUGCAUUCCUGUUGAGCAUUAAAUAAUAGUAUUUAUAGUUGACACCUGAUAACAGAAAUAAUUAUUUCAAUUGAAGUUCUUUUUUCAAGUCUUUAAUUGAACUUUACUUUUGAUAAUCAUGCUGAUUUUUUUUUUUACUGUAUCUUAUGACAUUAAUGCAACAAUCUUUUGUGAUAAAUUUAAACCUAGUCCUUUUGUUUUAUUUUUUUUCUUGUACAUUUCUGAUGACUGUCAUUAAUGCAAUUGAUGAAUAAAACUGAAUGGUCAUUAUUAUAAAUUUACCAGAAACAUUUUUAGUAAAUAAUUAGAAAAAUUUUAUAAAGAAUUUAUUUUUAAAAAAUAAUAAUAAUUAUUAUUAUUAUUCACAUUAACUCUGGUUGAAUAGGCAAGAAUUUUAGCAGUGGGAAUUAAUCAAAAUUUGUUUCAAAUAUAAUAAACAUUUUAAAAUUAAACUACAAUUAAUAUCAUAUUUAUACAAGCGUACAGUUUUUUCCAUUAAGUAAAAUGCAAAUAUUAGAACCUGACUUUUUUUUUUUCCUUAUCAUAUUUUCAUAUCAGUCUGAGCAUUAGUCAUUGAAUUAGUCAACAGAAAAUAUUUACAUACUAAUUGCUUUCAAAUUUAGCAGUGAAUUGUAGAAAUAAAUAGGUAUUUCAUUUUCUACCUCUUACUAACAUUUUUGUUAAAAAAAAAUAAAUGAUCAUGUCAAUAAUAGUGGAUAUAUGCUAAAAUCAGUAAAAUGUCACAAUAUUAUUGAAUCAUUGUUCUAAAAGAAAUCAAAAGCUCUCAUGUUGUAAAUGUUUCUGUUAAAACCUCUUCAAUUAUAAACACAUUUUUUUUCCAAAUUUCCUAAUUCAAUUUGUUGUUAGUUUUUAAAAUGAGGAUGCCAACAAGAUCCAGUCUAGUAAUAUAAAUAACUGUCGAUGACACACUUAGUAAACUAAUCAUUCCAAAUCUAGAUUCUAAGAGAUAUCAAAUGUAAUGAUUAAAUUUUGUAAUGUUUUUUUUUUAUUUGAAAAUUUACUUUGUUUUGAAUAAUGAACUGUAUUUUACUACAAAUGCAUAAUUAUUUUCACCAAAAGAAUGCAAUGCAAAGCUGUACUAGUAAUUCUUUAUCUUUAUUUCUUUUAUACUAUAUCAGUUGUUAUAAAUGAAUUAAUUAAAUUUUAUAUUUAAAAAAUGCUUACAAUUAAACCUUUUCUUAUCAAUGUUAUUUUUUUUUUUAUAAUCACACUACUUAGUCAGUCAGUGUGAUUUUUUUUUUGAAUUUUUACUACAGAACCAUUUUUAAAGUUUAUCCAAAACAUGUGCAUCUCUGCCUAUAAAUUAAAGAAGUUCUUUCAAAAAAGAAGAUGAUUAUGAUUAUUUUUAUCAGCUAUAGCUUUGUACAUAUCUGAACUUACACUUAUUUUGAAAUGAGAUUAGACUAAAGAAAUAUAUAUAUUAUCCUUAUAUUUUUAACUAUUUUUUAUUUCUUUGCUAUGAAAGUAAUAUAGUGGAGUCCAUACUCACACAAAUUGAAGUUCUGCUUAAUUCCAAUUUGACUUUUUUUUCCUUUUUGGUGCUUAUUGCAAAGAACAAAUGGUUGAUUCAAGGUCAUUUUGCAAGGUUACUUAUAAUUGUAUUCAAACAUUUUUGGGGCAAUGUACCCUUUUGUCUACUCUGGAAAAAGCUAUGUUUCACAAUCCUUAGCUUUGUGUGAAUGGCUUAGGUUAGGAUGGUACAUCCCAUGUAAACUUCGAGUGGCUAGGGGAAGGACUGGCUCUCCGCUCCCCCCAUUUCUAUCCUAUAGGUCUAUACACACACACUCUUCUUUCUCACCACUUUCAUCCACUUUCACUUGCUUAAUUGGGAUUUUCUUAGUCCUAAACAGAAUGACAACUUCAAGUCUGAAUCCUUACAAAUCUCAAACAUAAAUACAAAGUAUCUAUCUAUCUAUAUAUAUAUGUAUAUAGUAUAUAGUGAUUUCCUUCGUCAAAGUGUUAUUAGAAAUCUUCUAAUCACUACCCGUACAUUUCCAUUCCAUUUGAAUUUAGUGGAUGCCUUUGCAACUAGAAUAGCAGUUGAAAUAAUUAUUUUAGAAACUUUAUUUUUAUUCAAAAUUUUAAUUACUAUUUUUUUUAAAUGCUCCACCGCAUAAAUAAUUGGUUUGAAAGUAUAAAUGAGAUACAUAUACUGCAAUCUUUAGUUUUUAUAUUAUUGACAUUUGUUUGCUAUUGAAAAAAAAUAUCAAUGUUUACCAUUCCACCUUUUUGAAGGUCUAAAUAGUUUUUGUUUUAAUGCAUUAUGGACCGUCUGUUUGUUUACCUCUUUAUGCUUCAGUUUUGUUUUUCUCUAUGCUAUGAAUAUGUAUAUUUCUGUUUGUAAUCAUUCCUUCAAACAUAUGCAUUUACUCUCUGUUGUAUUUUAAUAAAGAUUGCUAAAGCAGAAA